AUGGUUGCCAUCGGUAUCCGAUCUCUCCUUUGCAUUCUGGGAAUUGCUUCCCUUGGCACAUCUGCUGCCGUCGAUACCGAUACUGUCCAAGGCUGGCAGCUGACCCAAUAUUGUACCGAGUUUUAUACUGUCAGCAACGGAGACACCUGCUGGGACAUCAUCGCGCGAAACCAGAAUAGGUUUACCAUGAGUCAGCUUCUGUGCUGGAACAAUGAUAUCAAUCCGUGGUGCUCGAACUUGAUUCCGGGCCGACAGGUCUGUGUUGGAGUCCAGCGUCCUGGGCCUGUCUGCUAG